AUGUCAUAUCACCAACCAAUAAUACUUUUAGUAUUUAUAUUAUGCACAAUCAAUCAAAUUAAUGCUGAUACCAAUCAACAAGCAACAGUUGUUGCCACACCAGUCAUCUCUGGUAGUAAUCUAUAUGGCCAGAUGUUGACAAUCUCUGGAUCAAACUUUGCCGCAGAUGCCACUGUCAAUGGAAUUAGAUGUCUUUAUUCUCCAUCUUACAACCCUUCAACACUAUACAUGUGUUCAAUCCAAGAACCAUGGACAUCAAGCUCGAUUACCUACACACUCACAGUGGGCGGCCAAGUGUCCAACGCCUACACCUUGACUGGUGUUAACCCCUACUCGUUUCCCAUGACAGUCAGCCAGACGCUGCUACCCUAUGCCAGUCCACCCAUCACCAUCACAGGAUCAUUCCUGGGCAACUCCAGCAAUCCACCAACUAUAAUGAUCAAGUCAUCUACCAACUUCACCUACACAGUACCAUGUGGAUCGAUCAAAACAUUGAUUGAUCAGACCAAGAUUGAGUGUACUCCAGCUAUCGUUAGCAAAGAUGACACUAACAUGACCCUGAGUAUCCAGCUUCCCGGUGUCAAUCAAUUCACAAACAGUGAGGCCCUAAUCAAUUAUAGGAGGUUUAGUGUAUCAAAUGUUCAACAGGAUAAUGCUACUAUGACUGUGUUUGGAGACUUCUUUGACAUCUAUACCAAUACAAUGGAGAUUGCUAUUGGUUCUGGAAAGACCAAUGAUAUUAAAUGUACACGUACAAUGUGUAUAUUCACUGUAACACCAACAAUGACCUAUGGACAGUUCACCAUGAAGGAUAACACAACAGGUUCAACAGCCUCAACUGUAUUAGCUCCACAAUGGAAACCUGUGAUUAAGUAUCCAUGGAUUACUGAACAGAAUCCGGAUGCAAGUGGACAAGAUCAUUUGAUUGUUCACACUCAAUUGAUUGAAGGAGCAACAUCGGCCAAUGUUAAUGUCGGAUCCAUCUUGAUUGGAAUCAAUGGUUAUAAUGCUCCUACAUUCUUCAACUACAUCUAUCCAGCACCUUUGAUCAAGGUUGUGUCAACGUCGUCUACUAUUGACAAUGCUGCCAGUGUCACUAUCAAUGGCAAAUACCUGUACCAGGCAUCGCCAACACCCAUUCUACCAUCGAUUGCUGGAAUUGUCGGGCCAUCAUAUCCAACAAUUUCACCAUCAGUAAUGAACUACACUUUCCUGGUGGCCAACCUUCCAAAAUAUGCACGCUCUGGCAACAUGACCGUGACCGUCGCUGGACAAGUAACAUCAUAUCCAGUAUUCUUGAAACCCAAUGUAACACAUAUCACGACACCUCCAACAUCUGGAGGCAUUGUUACAAUCACUGGAUAUUACUUGGCAUUGGAGUCAUUCUCUGGCGUGAAGGUGUUGGACAUUCAAAUCAAUGGACAACCAUGUAACAAUUCUUCAUAUUUGAACUCAUCAUUCGAUCCAUACUACAUCACUUGUCAGGCCCCACCAGGUAGUGGUCUUACCAAUCCAACCUCCUUUAAUGGAAAUGUGUUGAUACCAAUGCCAUACCAGCCACCAACCAUCGACACAGUGUCAUCAACGAUUCUAGGUCAAUCUGGUACAGUCACCAUCUCUGGUUCCAACUUUGCCAACACCAGCAUCACCGUUACCAUUGGACCAUAUGCUUGUGGUGGACCCGUGGUCAAUCAGGACUACACUCAGAUCACAUGUAACUUUGGCAAGCCAGUCUCUCCCGUCUCUAGAGCUGGACCCAACAACCAACGCCAACUUCUUGGUAUCCCAUCAUCCAAUAAUGAUUCGCUACCAGUGACCGUGGUUAUCAAUGGUCAAUCAGUGACUCAGUCCAAGUUCUUGUACAGCUCCAACCCAUCCACAUGCAUCAAUCCAUGUGAUCAUGGCACUUGUGUGAAUGGCGAGUGUCUGUGCGAUGUUGACUACACUGGAAUCAACUGCUCACUAAAGCUGGACAACAUCAACUCUGUCGAUGUGCCAAAGCCAAGCAUGACCUCCACGUCCAUUGUGCUCGGAUCACAAUCAAGGAACGUGUCAUUCGAUAUCUUGAUAGCAGGCAUUCGCGAGAUCAGCUCAACUGAUGUCAUACUCAAGUAUGUCGACAUGCGCAACACUGUUUGGAACCUGAUCAACACCACUGAGAUCAAUGGCAACUUGCAUAAUGUCUACAACACAUCUUUGGAUGGAAUAUCUACAUUCGAGAUCACCGUAGAGAUGACUGUGUUUAAGGACAAUCAACAAUAUAACUUUGAGGGCGAUCUGUUCCAGGUGUCCAAGAACUCUGUCAAGUACAAGAUCACUCUUUCCAAGUGGCCAUUCACAGCCAAGACCAACUACCUACAAGUGUUGUUCCAAUCAAGCGCAUCACCACAAUCAACAUGUGAUGGCAGUGGAGAGGUCAAUCCCAAGCUGGGCAGCACAACUAACAACACCAAGAACUCACUCCGUCAACUUGAGAUCCAACAAGGCACUGGACUGCUCCGAGCAUACUACUCUGAUCGUCUUCUGGUCGAUGGUCGUCUGUCAUACAGCCAGGUGACCAAGGUCGACGACACUGACCCUUCCAUGUCCGGCCUCGACACCAACAACUCCACCAAACUGUUUGUCAUCACCGCACUCAACAUCCCACCAUUCACCGACAGUGCCGUCAUUGAUCCAAACUACGCCUCAUUGUUGGUCGUCAACGAGGACGUGCCCGUCUGUGGUACAGCGUCCAAGUCCAGCCAAAGAGUAUGGCUGAUCCCCGUCAUUGUGGUGGCAUCCAUCGUUGGAGUUGCACUCAUCGUCAUCACUGCAGUGUUGGUCGCCAAGAGGAACAGACUAAGACUGAUGCUGGCUGGAGUCAAGCUGCGAGAGAUGUCCAACAAGAGAAAGAAUAAAGUGUGA